CUUUAGGUCAUGCUUCGGAGUCAAAAACCUCGGUUUUACGCACAAAAGAGCUGAUCCAGUUUUAGACAGUUGGAAAUACGAGACUGGAUCAAGAUAGGUCCAGUUUAGGGCGGAGGUGAUCCACUAUUAUGGUACUUGAUCCGGUUUUGGGCGCUCUACGGUACCUAGUCAAGGACUUGGGACCAAGUUGUUCUUUGAGAGCAGCUCAUGAGGCCAAGGCCGCCCUUAUGGCGUACAUAAAGGAUGGUCAGGUGGUGGACCGCCCCCCCUGGAGGCUGGGGGCCAUCCUGGAUUUCUUCUGGGCAAUUGUGAAUGGCAUCGCCUUCUUCUUGUCGACGAUGUUUGGGGAUGAGACUUCAAAGCCAGCCUCUGGAAAAGGAGGCAAUGCAUGUCGGGCGGGCGGGGGGGUCGGCGGGGGGUCGGGGUUGGGGGGACGGACGAGCGUCGAGUCGGACGGGCGGGGGCGGGCGGGGGNGGGGGUGGGGNGGCGGGGGUGGGGGGGAGGAGGAGGACGGCCGCCGCCACCUCCGGGGGGCAGCGGCUCAAAGCCCAUAAACGGUCUUGAGCGGGUCAGGGGCAUUGAUCACUGUGCUAGUGCUCCUGGUGGCGCCUGAGGUCGGUAAGGCACCUGCUAUCUUGGAUCUCCGUCUUGCACAUCUUGGGUAAGAUGGAGGUUCUGGCAGGUGCCGCGACCCGAAGAUCUUCAAAGUGGAUCAAAGAGAUGGGGCGGAUACCUGUGCGCUUAUACAGUCGCACAUGAGUAUCCAAUGGGUCCAAGUCAUCAUGAAGCAGCUCCAGCAAAUCCUGCACAUAGUCAGGCCUGGAAGCAGCUGAUCCCGACUUGACCUGCCCAUGCUUUGGUCGCAAGUGAGUGGGAUUUGACGAGGGGAAAGUGGAUGUUUUCGUUAUUUUCUCAAGCACGGAAGAAUAGAAACUCGUAGCUAUGGGGGGAGUUGAAUCGGGGGUUUGUCUGUACAGUAGGUGCUCGAUGCCAACUAUGUUUUUGAGAGGCAUUGAGUGUUGUGGUUACCCUUACAUAUGGUCUGUAUCCCGUUCGUUUUCUUCAAACGAUCGAUCCAGAAAUGAACACUCAAACCGAACUUGAGUUGAGAUUAUGCAUAUGCUAUCUCAUCUUGAAAAACCCUAGGUGCCAAGGGGUGUCACUGUCAGCUAUAGAUCGAGUUAGCUUAUGUGUGAUGCACAUCAUCUGCAAGGAGCUCGCCAUAAGGUGCAUGAGAAGAGCUCAAGCCAGGAUCUAUCCAAUUGUUGAAGGAUCAGCCAAGUUCAUACUCUGAGAAGUCAGCUGGCAGGCCCAAUGUUUAUAACGUAAGUCAUAUGUCC